AUGGUGUUAAACGAAAGGAUUUAAUUACAGCCUGAGUUCAAUCAUACAAACAACAAAACAGUGCAAAAAUGAGCAACCUGUUGAAGCUUUCGAUCGCUUUUGCUGUCGUUUCCGUUAUUUCAUGCCAGGACUUUACUGAAGAGCAACGUAAAAAAAUCAUCGAAAACCGUCAGCAAUGCAUUGAAGAAACCAAAGUGAAUCCGGACUUGAUCGAAAAAGCCGAUCUGGGCGACUUUGCCGAAGACCAGGCAUUAAAAUGCUUCACCAAAUGCUUCUACCAAAAGGCCGGUUUCGUGAACGACAAGGGCGAAGUUCAGAAGGACGUAGUUGAGGCCAAGUUGCCACCUCAAGCCGACAAGAAAAGAGCAUUAGAAAUCGUCGAUAAAUGCGCUUUAAAAGGAAAGGACGCUUGCGAAACCGUGUAUUUGAUCCACAAAUGUUACUUUGAGCACACCCAUCCGGAGGCCGACGAGAAAACUGCUAAGGAUGGCAAGAGCGAAGAGAAAAAGGCUUGAUUUUCUUCAGCAUGUGCUAGUCAAUUAAUUUAUUGUGAUUUUUAGCUUAUACACUACUGAGUUAGUAACGUACGAAAGUUUAUGCAUAUUUUUGGUGAAAAUAUAUUAAAGUUAUUCAGUAUUA